AGUUUUUGUGGCACGUGAUGUAUGAAACACUAAACUUACAUUAUUUGCGCGAUGUUUUUUUCAAUACUGCGUUUAUCCAAUUUUAUAAGGUUACUAAUAAUAUUAUCAAAUUUUAGUUGUCAAUACCAGGCACAGGAUUAUAGAGAGUACAAAAUAGGUGCCAUAUUCGAUGAGACAAACACAAAGCAGGAAGCCGCUCUGAGGGAAGCGGUAAGAGAAAUAAACGAAUUCGAUAAUGACAUAAAUCUGCGAGUGAUUGUGGAGCACAUCGAAAGAGACAAUCCGUACGAAGCAAUUAAAGCCACUUGCGAUCUUUUAGAAGAAGGCAUCGUUGGAAUAUUCGGUCCUUUUUCGGAAGACAACUCGAAUACCGUUCAAUCGAUAUGCGAUUUAAAGGAAAUUCCGCACAUCGAGGCGAGAUGGGACGAUUAUCCGCAAAACGGCACCCUCGUCAACGUUUACCCUUUCCCCGACACGCUGACCAAGACUUAUUACGAUCUAAUAACGGCUUGGGGAUGGAAGAACUUCGUGAUUUUGUACGAAAACAACGAGAGCUUGCAGAGAGUCGGGGAGCUGACGAAGCUCUUCGAUCCGAAGGUGCACAGGAUCGUCGUGAGGCAACUGAACUCCGCCAAAUCCGGCGGAAAUUACAGAUCCGUUUUGAAGGAAGUAUGGCGAGCCGACGCUACGCACUUCUUGUUAGAUUGUAGCAUCGAGAUACUGGAGGAAGUGUUAAGACAAGCGCAACAAGUAGGCCUAAUGACUAACAAACAUCACUUUAUUAUCACUAAUCUCGAUUUACACACAAUUGAACUGAUGCCUUACCAGUACAGCGAGACGAAUAUUACCGGGAUGCGUUUCGUGGACCCGGAAAACCCAGAUUUAACGGAAAAAUCGGCCACCAUCCACAGCGAAGACCCUCUUCAAAUCUUCAUGGGUUACAAGAUGAAACUCUCGGAAGCCUUGAUGUACGAUGCUGUAAAAAUGUUCGUGGAGGCGCUGAAGGCUUCGGAACCUCUGGUGGAACCCACGUCUAUAAGUUGCUACAACGGUAACGAUAAAUUGAGAACCGGAACCACCAUCGUUAACAUGAUGAAGAGCCUGGAAUAUCCAGGCUUGACGGGGUUCAUUAAAUUCGACAUAAAAGGCUUCAGAACCAACUUUGCGCUGGAUGUUUUCGAACUCAUGGAAGGAGGACAGACUGUUGUAGGACACUGGAACGAAUCGAAAAUUCCACCGCUGAAUAUAUCCCGAAUCAACCUACUACAAGAAGACCCAGGCGAUGAUAUCAGAAACAAAUCGUUCAAAGUUAUGAUAACAUUGACCGAGCCCUACGGUAUGAGAGUGGAAUCCACGGAUCUUCUGUUUGGUAACGACCAGUACGAGGGCUUUGCUAUUGAUAUAAUUAAAGAGUUAUCGGCGCUCAGAGGUUUCAAUUACACGUUUCUAGUGCGAGCCGAUGCGAGCAACGGCGAGCAAGAUAAGAACACUGGAAAAUGGAAUGGAAUUAUCGGAGAUCUCAUAGACGGAGUAGCCGAUAUAGCUAUAUGCGAUUUGACCAUAACAAUGAAAAGGGCGCAAGCUGUCGAUUUCACUGGACCCUUCAUGAUGUUAGGAAUUAGUAUUUUGUAUCAAAAGCCAACGAAAGCUCCGCCGAGUUUCUUCUCCUUCGCCGAUCCGUUCGCAUUCGAAGUCUGGAAACUACUGAUGUUAUCUUGGAUAGGCGUGUCUUUGAUACUUUUCAUGCUCGGCAGGAUUUCCCCCGCCGAAUGGGAAAAUCCGUACCCUUGCAUCGAAGAACCGGAGUAUUUGGUAAACCAACUUGACCUGAGAAAUUGCGUUUGGUUUAUCACUGGAUCCAUUAUGCAGCAAGGUUCCGAGAUUGAAUUAAAAUCGAUAUCUACGAGAAUGAUAGCCGGUAUGUGGUGGUUCUUCACGCUGCUGAUGGUCUCUUCCUACACGGCAAACUUGGCGGCGUUUUUAACCAGCGAAAAACCCGAUCCUCACUUUAACAACCUGCACGAACUGGUCGAAAAUGCGGAGUUUAAAGAAAUCAAGGUCGGCGCGAAAUCGGGAGGCGCUACUGAACAAUUUUUCAUGGACAAAUACAAAGCGGACGAAACCAGCGACUUUGGCAAAGCUUAUAAACUAAUGGAGAAAACUAAAGAGACUCUUAAAAUUAACGAUAAUAAGGACGGCGUCGCCGAAGCACAAAAGGGCCACUACGCCUUCUUCAUGGAAGACCAAUCGAUCGAGUACGAAACUCAAAGAAAAUGCGACCUUACUCAAGUGGGAGAAAAAUUGGACGAGAAAGGAUACGGCAUUGCAAUGAGAAAAAAUUCCUCGUACAGAAAUAGUCUAAGUACGGCUAUUCUAAAGCUGCAAAACGACGGAGUAUUGGACAAGUUGAAGAGGAAAUGGUGGGAAGAGCGUAAAGGAGGUGGCCAAUGUUACGACGAUGGGGCUUCUGGAGAUGCAGCAGCUAUGAAUCUCUCGGCUGUAGAGGGUGUAUUUUGGGUGACCAUCGGUGGUAGUAUAAUAGCAGUAAUUUGCGCGCUUCUAGAAUGCUUAAUGUACACCUUGAGAAAGGCCAAACGAACUAAAAUACCUUUCUCGGAAGCGUUUAUGGACGAAGCUAAAUUUUACUUCAGAUUCAAUGAAAUGACGAAGAAUGUUUGUUCGAACGAGGCGGAAUCGAAAGAAGGUACCGAGGAAAAUGGCGAUUUGGCCUACGGUUUGGUGAAUAAGCAAAAUAGUUCGGAAACGCUGCAAAGCAGCGACAGCAAUAAGAGCAAACGAAGGAGAAGCAGGAGCAAACGGAGCAAGACGAAUUUAGAAUUGCAACCUUCGAAUGUCGAAAAUACCUACAUUGGAUGGAGAAAGUAAUUUCAUUAGUAAUUUCAAUUAGUUUGGAAAUGUUACUGGUUGAUUUUUUGUAUAUGUAUUUACUAAAACUAAUAAAACCUGUAUAUCAUAAAAUUAGUUUAAUAAAAGCGCGUAGAUAAUAGUGAAUUUGUAUGUAAAUAGAU